UGCCCCCCAAAGAUCUGGGAGGCAAGGUCGUGGUCAGGAGAGGGCAAGCGGCCGUCAGGGACGCUCCACUCGGCCGAGUUCGUGAAGCUCGGUCGAGCUUGCUCUUGGCUCGAUCGAGUUGUGCAUCGAGUUGGUUGCCUUUCCUUCGUAAAAACCUGUUCCUGCAAGACUUAGCUGAGAAAAACGCAGAGACAAAAAAUAAAAGCGAUAUUUACAGGAUAAACAUGGAAAUUCCUCCCAAGUGA